AAACAGGGGGAGCAUAAGGCUGGCCAGCCAGCAAAUAGCGCAGUGCAGUGAUUCUGCAAGAAGAGUGGCGAGAAUAAUUAGAGAGGUUAGGAAAAAGAUAGAGAGAAGAGAAGGUCUUGAUUAAGGAAUACACUCAUCCAUCAGAAGCAACCCUACAGGAGAGAUGGAUCCCAGCUCUGCUCCCCCUCCUGGCUGGAAUCACGACGACAAAGCAGGAAUGGCUCAUCUACCACCACCCAAACAAGACCAUCUUCAGUACCCCAAUCCGGGGGCUUACCCGCCCCCAGGGGCCAUGCCUCCCCAAGGGGCCUACUACCCACCUGGGCCUGGGGGUCCUCCAGCAGUCCACAUGGGCCAGCCUUACCCUCAGGGCCAGUACCCCCAGGGCCAGUACCCUCAGGGCCAAUACCCUCAGGGCCAGUACCCCCAGGGAAACACGGUUAUGGUCCAGCCUACGACGGUGUAUGUGACCCACUCACCUCUCAUCAAUCCGGUGUCGGACUACUUGGGUUAUUCCAUUUUCACUAUGUUGUGCUGCUGCUUCCCACUCGGCAUUGCGGCCCUCAUCUUCUCUAUUUCUACUCGUGACGCUAAUAGCCAAGGCAACCGACCGAUGGCUGAGAAGAACUCCCAAACAGCACGGAAACUGAACCACGCCGGCCUCGGCAUUGGCCUCACCUUCACCAUCAUCAUUUUCAUCCUCUACAUCAUUGGUUUUCUAGCCUGACGAGCCAGACCCAUAUUAAAAUGUAGGGUCUGGGCACUCACCGUUCGCAGUGCUCAGUCCGAGGGGCGGGAUAAUCGGUUGUCUUUCAAAU